AUGUCGGACCCAAAUAAGGGCAAGGCCCCAGCGAAUGACAAAUCCGAAGCAGGAAAGAAAGUCGACCCCAAGCUCGUCGCCGCCCUCUUGGACCAGAACCCCGCCCUCAAGAAUGAGAUCGCCAAUAUGGACAAAGACCAGGCCGCAUCGAUGCUGGCCAACAUGGACCUCUCACAGCUGUUGACCGGACUGUCAAUGGGCGGCAAGAACCAGAAGGACAUGGCCUCGUACAAGUUCUGGCAGACACAACCCGUCCCCGCUUUUAACGAGGCUGGCAAGCAGGCCACCCAGGGUCAAAUCAAGCAGAUCGACCCGGAGAAGGUGUCCAAGACCCCUGAUCCGCUCGUCGAGGGUUUCGAAUGGUGCACUCUGGACCUGACAAACGAGGACGAAUUGAAGGAGCUGUAUGAGCUGCUGAACAACCACUAUGUGGAGGACGACAACGCCAUGUUCCGCUUCAGCUACUCGCAAUCUUUCCUGCACUGGGCCUUGAUGUCCCCAGGCUGGAAGAAGGAAUGGCACGUCGGCGUGCGCGCGAGCAAGUCGCGCAAGCUGGUUGCCUCGAUCUGUGGUGUACCGACCGAGCUCCGCGUCCGCGGAGAGCGCAUCAAGGUGACGGAAAUCAACUUCCUGUGCAUCCACAAGAAGUUGCGCUCCAAGCGCCUGACCCCGGUCCUGAUUAAGGAGAUUACCCGCCGCUGCUACGUCGACGGUAUUUUCCAGGCCAUCUACACUGGUGGUAUCAUCCUCCCCACCCCCGUCAGCUCCUGCCGGUACUACCACCGUGCGCUGAACUGGUUGAAGCUGUACGAUGUUGGCUUCUCUCCUCUUCCCCAUGGCUCGACUAAGUCCCGUAUGGUCACCAAGAACCACCUUCCCAGCAACACAUCCACUCCUGGUCUACGUCCUAUGGAAACUAAGGACAUUGAUGCCGUAUAUGAUCUGCUGGAGCGGUAUAUGCGUCGUUUCGAUUUGAACCAGGCUUUUACCCGUGAGGAGAUUGAUCACUGGUUGGUCUACAAGGAGAAGCCUGGUAUGGAGCAAGUUAUUUGGUCAUAUGUUGUUGAAGACGCCGAGACACACAAGAUCACCGACUUCGUCUCUUUCUACAACCUUGAAUCUACUGUCAUCGACCACCCUAAGCACGAUGCCGUCCACGCCGCUUACCUGUACUACUACGCGACCGAAACUGCCUUCUCUGGCGACAAGGAGGCACUGAAGGAGCGCCUGCAGCUGUUGAUGAACGAUGCACUGAUUUGUGCUAAGAACGCCAAAUUCGAUGUCUUCAACGCCCUCACAUCGCACGACAACCCUCUCUUCCUCGAAAAGCUGAAGUUUGGCGCCGGCGAUGGCCAGCUCCACUUCUACCUGUACAACUACCGUGCUGCACCCAUUGGUGGUGGAAUCAACCAAAAGAACCUGCCCGACGAGUCCAAGAUGGGCGGUGUUGGUAUUGUCAUGCUGUAG